CUCAGCCCCGCCAAGCACCAUCCAGACCCACUGGAGUGUGGCAAGUACAACGAUGCAGUCUCCAAAGCAGCUCUGAGCCCAAGCCUGACGGCACGCUCGGCCACACGCGGCUCCUUGCCCAGUCUGCAGACGUCCUGAGGCUGGAGGUGUGCUUCUCAGAGGAAGAAGAGCAAGCAAACGCUCUCAUUAAGGGUGACAUCAGGACAAUAAGUUGCAGUUUGGGCUGCUGGUUUGCCUGACAGACAGACCUAGUAGUGACAGAGGCAGGGACCAAAUGCCAUAUACUGAAGGCGGCGUGUGCAACUAGUGGACACAGCAAGUGACCAGAAAGUUGGCCUGAGGAAGAAACCGAUCACGUUUGAUCGAGUGCUUAGCGUGCCGUGCUUUCUGGUGCUACGACGCGUAGGGACAUUGCUCAGACUUCAAAGCUUUUAUGGGACAGCUGCUUGGCGGGACAGGUGUUUUUUCUUCUGGAACAGCAUCCUGAUUCAUAAGAAGACGAAAAUCACCGAAGGCUGAUUCUACGGAAGAGAGUGCACAAAGGAGCAGGAGCAGAAAGAAUGGCGAACUCGGGAUUCCAGCUCCUGGGCUACUUCUUGGCUCUGGGUGGCUGGAUUGGAAUCAUAUCCACCACGGUGCUACCCCAGUGGAAGCAGUCGUCAUACGCAGGGGAUGCCAUCAUCAUGGCCGUUGGCCUGUAUGAAGGCCUGUGGAUGUCCUGCGCCUCCCAGAGCACGGGGCAGGUGCAAUGCAAGAUCUUCGACUCUCUGCUCUCGCUCGACAUCCACAUCCAGACCUGUCGAGCUCUGAUGGUCAUUUCUGUGCUGAUGGGAUUCAUCGGAAUCAUCGUUAGCGUGGUGGGGAUGAAGUGCACCAAGGUGGGCGACAACAACCCUUCCACCAAGAACAAGAUUGCCGUGGCAGGAGGCGCACUGUUCCUGCUCGCAGGGGUCUGCACACUGGUGUCGGUAUCCUGGUAUGCUACACAAGUCUCCUAUCACUUUUUUGACCCAAACACACCAGUCAAUGCCAGGUAUGAGUUUGGCUCCGCCCUGUUUGUCGGGUGGGCGGCGGCCUGUUUAACGAUGCUGGGUGGGUCCUUUCUCUGCUGCUCCUGUGUUAAUGAGGAAAGGAGAGGACAGCAAUACUAUCGUCAGUCACAACCUUCUACAGCCAGGGAGGCUGAGUUGUUGAGUGAGACUAGUUUCCCUGACUGACCAACCCUCCCCGCCUUUAUCUGAGGACUGUUCGAGCUCCGCUCUCUAUUUCUGACCCCCUCCAUACUUCCACCUAGAGUCCAAACCUGGACCCCCGUCUGUCCGCUAUAGCCUGUUCACACCCGUCCUUAGAAACUCUGUGCCUUUUUAUCGGCGCCUGAUAAAUAAAACGCGGCUCGGCCGUCUCUCCCCCAUUUGCUGUGUUCUUGUCUUCCUCUGUAUCUCAUUUUCUUAAAGUGUCUUUGUAAAUAUGUACUCUUACAUAUGGAAAUGAAAGCAUGGACUGAUUUGUGAUGAUGCAGUAUAUGUAAACAUGAAAAAACAAAGUUAUUCACCCAUUUCGACAUGUAUGUUACGUAACUUGAGCUAUAAGCAGGGUUUUCUGAGUGGUGGAUGUCCUCGGCUGUUAGACACACUACGGUCAGAUCCUGUUUUAACUGUAAACCUACUUAAACUUUGUUCUUUUCUUUUAAAUUGCAGAGCAAAUGUUAAAAGUUCUCCACCAGACAAAGGGGAGCAGUACUUGUAGUUGGGGAGAGGGCGACUCCGGUGGGCUCACACUGAGUUAGAUUUUGGCAACAGGCAAGACAUACUCUUGGUAACAAACAAACAAACAAACAAACAAACAAACAAAUAAGUGGAAGAAACACCAACCAAGGUAAAAAAAAAAGUUUAAACUAACUUUAAAAAAUGGUGAAGGUACAGAAUAUGAACCACAUAAUGUAUUUGUGUAUUACACAGUGUUUGCCAAAUUUGUUACGCUUAUGAAUGCAAAUAUAUAUAAUAAAGUCAUACAUGCAUGAUCAUGUACUGUACAGGAGAUUAGUACUGGUUUAUGUGAAACACGCUGGCCAGAAAUUCAAACAGAGUGAGCCGAAAGCAUGGUGUUCAGGUUGUGAAAUCCGAAACAGUUUGCUAAAAUCCACAGUGUGUGUAUAUUUACUUUUUGUUCAUUUUUUUUGCCAUAUUAUCACUAGACCUCAUUUGCCCUCAAAUGUAUCUCACAUUUCUGAGACUUGAUUCAGGGUAUGUAACAAUGCAUUUCAUCAGUUAUGCAAGUUUGUAUUUUUUUGUGUGUGUAGCGUAAUACCAAUGAUGCAUAACCAAGCUUUGACUCACACUGCUUUUUGUUUUUGUCAAGUCAAGAAAUACAUACAUUUACAUACAUUACAUUUACAUACAUUACAUACCUAUCUAUCUGAGGCAGAGGCCUAGCCUUCUGUGUAAUGAACUGUAAUGAGUUUUCUGAAUUAUUCAUUAAAUGUAAAGAAACAAUGCGGGGGUUGUGACAUUUGUUUUUUGUUCUAUUUUUAUGUUGAUUUUUUCAUGAAACAUGUAGUGCACAAAAUGAUUUGUCUUGAUGAAUGACAGUUUCUGACUAAACAUCGGGAAUCAUAUUCAGCUUGCAUUGAAAGGCACUGAUGUGUAAGGUCAGUAUAAGAGGUUAUUAGUGUUAGCCUGCAAUCACAAAUGAUUCAGUUCUCUGGUUUUUUAUUUUCAACAAACUUGUUUCCUAAUAUUCAAGUAUGUAUCAUCUCAAAUAAAGAAUCGACUUUCCUGUG